AUGGGUAGCUGCAAUUCAAUCCCACAACCAGCUGAAGACACAAUUCUUGCCGCUUUAUUUAGUUUUAAAAAUUAUGUUUCAAGAAAAUUAAAGUAUAAACGCGAACUCAAAAGAAAUAUUGAUUCCUUAAAGGCUGAAUUGAAAAGGUUGAUUGAAGUAAAGAACGAUUUGCUUCGAAGAGUUGACAAUGAGGAGAAACAACCACAAAGGGAACGGCUGAGCCAAGUGCAAGGGUGGCUUACAAGGGUAGCAGACACGCUAACCGAAGUUGAUGAACUGAUAACAGACAGUUCUGAAGAAGUGGAGAGGCUGUGUCUUGGAGGCUUUUGUUACAAGAACUACAAGUACGCAAGCUUCAGCUUCGGAAAAAGAGUAGCUAAAAAGCUGGAAGUUGUGAAGAGUUUGAAGGAAGAAGGAGGAGAAUUUAGAGUGGUGGCUGAUCGGAGACCGGAUGAUCCGGUGGAUGAUCAAAUACCUUCUGAACCAACGGUGGGUUUAGAAUCAACCUUCGAUGAAGUUUGGAGAUGUUAUGAAGAAGAUCAAGUGAAGAUUAUUGGCCUGUAUGGCAGGGGGGGAGUGGGAAAAACUGCCUUAUUAAAUCAGAUCUACAACAAAAUUCGUGAGACGUCAGCUGAUAUUAUUUUGAUCAGGAUAUCAGCGACCAAUAAAAAUCUUGAAAACAUUCAAGAUGAGAUUGGGGAGAAUCUACGUUUGUAUGAUGAGUCAUGGAAAAACAAAAGUUCCCUGGAGAAAGCUAAGGAUAUCCUCAGGAUUCUGAAAACGAAGAAGUUCGUAUUGCUAUUAGAUGACAUAUGGGAGUGGGUUGAUUUGACCGAAGCAGGUGUCCCUCUUUCAGAUUCAAAUGCUGUAUCGAAGGUGUUCUUCACAACGCGCCUUCUGAUGAAUGUUUGUGGCCGUAUGAAACCUCACAUGAUUCCUGUGGAAUGCUUGGGACAUGAAAAUGCCUUAAAGUUAUUUCUAAGUACUGUUGGAGAUUGGGCUCUUGGCAGUCAUCCAGAAAUUCCUUCGCUUGCUGAAACCAUGGCAAAAGAGUGUGGUGGUUUGCCACUGGGACUUAUCAAAGUUGCUGAAGCCAUGACUCACAAGAAGACACCUCAAGAAUGGGAUUAUGCUAUCAAUGAGUUUCAGAGAAUGGGGCAUGAAUAUUCAGGCAUGCAGGAAGUGUACCGGGUGCUAAGGUCAAGUUAUGAUCACUUGCCUAAAGACCCGAUAAUUCAGUCUUGUUUCUUAUAUUGUAGUUUAUUUUCAAAAAAUCAUAUAAUCUCUAAGAGGGAUUUGAUAGAUUGUUGGAUUGGUCGGAGAUUUUUGGACGACAAACAUGUAGCGCAAAACAAAGGAUACCACAUAAUUGGUAUUCUUCUCCAUGCAGGGUUGUUGGAAGAAGAAGAUGAUGACCGAGUGAAAAUAAAUGGUAUUACUCGUGAUUUGGCUUUGUGGCUAAUAAUAAAUGACAAAGGGAAGGAAAAUGUUUUUGUUAAUACUGGUGCUGGAUUAACUGAAGCACCUGAGGCUGGAGAAUGGGGAGGGCUUACAGGGGUGUCAAUGAUGGAAAAUCAAGUUGAGAUUUUACCAGAGAGACCUUCAGCCCAUUGUCUUGAAGAUUUGUUUCUUAAUGAUAACAAUCUAAAGGUUAUUAAUGGUGGCUUCUUCACGUUUAUGUCUUGUCUCACAAUUCUAAGGCUUUCAAAUAACCGCUCUCUUACUGAACUACCUCCAGAGAUUUCAAUUUUGGUUUCAUUACAGCAUCUUGAUCUAUCGAGGACUGGUAUAAAAGAACUGCGAGAAGAGUUGAGGGCCUUGUCAAAACUAAGGUGUUUGAUUUUGGAGGAUACACCCGCACUCCAAACAAUUUCGCAGCCAUUGAUAUCCAACUUCUUAAUGUUGCGGGUAUUGAGAAUGUUGGAAUGCGGUGCUCUGAGUCAAAAUGGGGAAUCUUUGGUAGGGGAGGUGAUUUGCUUGCAACGUUUAAAUAGUUUGGACAUCAGCUUAAACGGUUCUUCUGCUCUCCAAAGACUUUUGACCUCCCACAGGUUGCUAAGCUGUUUGGAAUCUGUAUGCCUUCAAAACUUAACCCAAACAAGGUUCAUCAGAGUCCUCUUAGCUGAUUUGAAGAAUCUCAAGAAAUUACAUAUUUUGGACUGUGAAAAUUUGGAAGAGUUGCAGAUUAUUUGUGAAGACGGAUUAGAAAACACGGAAGGAUUUUGUGGUUUCCGUAACCUUUGUGAAGUAAAAAUAAGGGCUUGCUCAAAAUUGAAGGACCUCACAUGGCUUAUUCUUGCAACAAGCCUCAGGCGCAUUGUGAUAUCUGAUUGCCCUGAAAUGGAAGAACUUAUCAGCGUGGGCAGAUUGGUUGAUUUUCCAGAAAGGGUUCGAGGUCGUAUCCCAUUCAAAAAACUCGAAUUUCUUGCAUUGCGAGGUCUUCAAAACUUGAAGAGCAUCAAUGAGAAUGCCUUGCCAUUCCUGAAGUUGAAGGAAAUUGAAGUAAUUGGAUGCCCGCAGCUUAAGACGCUUCCACUUGAUUCUGAAAGCUCAAAGGAAGGUGGAAUUGUCAUCAAGGGAGAGCAACAAUGGUGGGACGGGCUGCGAUGGGAGGACCCUACCAUUAGCAGUACUUUUGAUCCUUUUUUCAAGCCUUGGUGGUAA